AUGGCCCAAGUUCCGGACGACAACCGACAGCACCUGCUGGAGGAGCGAACCCUUUUGCGUCGCCUCCGGCAACUCCAGCUCAAGCUCAUGCUUCGCCUACUGGAAGCCAAGUGGGUGGAGUACAAGCUGGAAAUGGCCUUGGUGAAGGCCAACCAGCAGAACCAGCAGUUGAUAGCUGCCCGUUUGGUUGCGGAGGCUGCAGCUAGAGCCAAGACGGAAGACCCGUUUGCAGCUGCACCGAGCACACCUUCUGUGCCUUGUGCAGGAGCUACCUCGUCUUCGAGCUCUGUUCGGAGCCCAUUGGUGCAGAAUAGGGCGGAGAAGUACCUUCCAUCUCUGCCGAUGCUAGAGCAUCAAGGCAUGAACAAGGGCAGGAUGCGAGAAGUCGAGACAUGGCAUGCCUACCUGGAGACACUGUCAUCGUGGCUUGCUCUUCAAGAUGAGUCUUUCGUUCGAGAGUUGCAACUCUGCGUCAAGCAAAAGAAUGAGAUCCUUCAGAAGGAUUUGGCGGAUGAUGUUGCUGCUCGAAGUGCGAAGCUUUACUACUAUCUCACCCAAUCUCUCUCACGUUGGGAAAGAGGCAGAGUCCGAGUCUUCGAGGACCUCCACCGUGAUGGCGAUGAGGUAGGCACCCUGACUGGAAGCACCUCGAAGGGAGAUGCGGCAUACGUCUGCGCUUCGCUGCAGGGAUCGGACAUGGAGAUCGACUCUCUUCCUGUUGACAAGGAACCCAGGAAAGACAUUACUGCAGGACCAAGCAUCCUGAAGAAGACUUCGAAAGAAGCGAAGAGUGAUGAGAAGCCUGGAAAGGUACUGAGCAUGUCGGAACCGCCAAUGGAGGUGGAGCGAGAUUCCCACAACUCUCCAGCGGAGAGUGCCGGGCAGGAGGUUGUGUUUUUGAAUGCACCAGUAGAGCCUGCACCAGCAGAGGCGGCGCCAGUCGAGACUGCGGAUGCAGAGGCUUCAGCUGCCCCCUUCAAUGUUUUCUCGAGGCCUCCGAGUCAAGUUGCAGUACCUUCGCCUACGGUGGCUGCAUCAGAGACAGGAGAGACAGAAGAGGAGGAAGCAUGGGGAAAAUGGAGGGCAAGCAAGGCCAGGCCUUCGCAGCCAUCAGCCGAGCCGUCGCUGAUAGUGAAGUGGAGAAGCAUGCUGAGGGGACCGCGCUUCAGGUAUUUCAUGCAAGCGAUACGACAACAGCGAGAAGAUCUUAUUGCAUGUGGAUACCCUGUGCCGGCAAUUCCAGAGAACAACCUGGAACCUGCAGUUCCACUUAUGUCUAUCGGAGAUGGGAUCGUUUAUCCUUCCCGCCAGGGGACCAUCUUUGCGUCAUUGACAGAUGCUUUGAUGACCGACGGCUACCUCCUCGAGGUUGGGCAGAAGCUCCUUGGGCGGAUCCAACGUCCAGACCCAGAUGUGGGGCCGUGCCUGGGAACGGGUUGGUCCAAGAGGCUUCGCGAUCACGAUCCCGAUCCUCUGGAUGGAACGCCCUACAUCAGCGCGGAGGUUGCGUGGGCGCUGUGGCUGCCCGAGUUUCCGGAAGCCCCGGAGCAAGGAGGCAUCCUUCCGGUGAAGAGAAAGAGGGAUUUUUCCCAGCUCACCGACGAGUUGUUGGACGAGCAUACUACAAGGUUCGAACUCGCGGGUCAAGGCCGCACUCUUCACCAACGCGGCGUGCGUGCAAGGGACGCGCGUGCAGCUAUCGAAGGGUAUACUCCCGAUCCGAGUCACCUACGCCACCAGAGUGGAGGGGACGUUGCUGCGCUGGGUUACAUCAAGCGUAUCCUCAAGGUCCUGACCGUUUACGAGGCCAUGCCGGAAGCAGAACGCAACCUUUUGGCUGGAAUGUAUCCAGACGACGUCGAGCUCCAGCUCGAGUGGGUGCCAGGCUCAGCCAUCAGGCAUGGGUGGCGUGCGUUAAUGGGGGCAAUGGAUCAGCGCACCCGGCGCUAUAUCGAGUUCGAAGCAGAGGUCCGAAAAUGGGAGGACUUGCAGCUCGGAGACAGAGUCUGCAGAGUCAUCCUCGGCAAGUUCGUCGGACGAAUCGAUUCAAUGGGGGAAUACAUGAUGCAGAGCCGGACCAGAGUUUUGGCGCUCAUCGAAGCGGAGAAAGCCUUGAAAGAUGUGGGCUCCUCUGCGCCGCCCCCACCGUCUCCUAUCAUUAUGGAGCCAUCGCCGGUUGCGAAGGACGGGUACAAGUUCGAUCCAGCAUCUCUAGGAGCCCCUCUGGGGGACACUGCAGCUCCAUCAACACCGGUACCUCCUUCGCCUUCCGCAGUUUCAUUGGCCCCUUUGAAGUCAUUCAAGUUCUUGGAUGUCCCACCUGUUGCUUCUUCUGGUCCCUCGGACCACAGUGUGGAGCCUAUGGUGGUGGAAAAGGAGCGGGCCCCAGAAACUCCAGGACCCACGGCACCGGUUGGAGCUCCAAUUUCCGCAACGGAGAGUGUGCCGGAGACCCCUCCUCCAGGGGAAAUUCCAGGUCCCGGUUAUGUCCCGAAGGCAGCUCCUGGGGAAAUUCCAGGUGCUCUGUCGAAAGCCCAGGGGGCACCAGCGGGGGCUACACCGAAGGCCUGGUCUGUGGUUCCAACUUCCUCGCCUUUGACGGUUCCAGAAGCGCCAGUGGCUGUAGAGUCUUUGCCUGCAGUUCCAGAGCCAGCAACCGUGACAGCGGAGGAAGGGCCUACCUCCGAGACCGCUACAUCAUCCGCAGCGGGUGCCCUUCCGCCUCCGGGCGGCUUGGGUCAAACAGCCGAAGAGAGGGAGUUUGUGCUUCCUUCCCCUUGCCAGAAGAAGUGA